AUGAUCAUCGUUAGCGGGCAGGAGGCUUCAUUGAAAAGAGAACACGCGUCUUCCAAUGCGCAUAACGACAUGUCGUCACCGUCCACAAGCACCGGAAUGAGCAAUCAUUUUACUUCCGUCCCACAUCCUCAAGGGGUCCAAGUCGAGCAACGUCCAAAUCCCAGCUUUCCGACGAGUGCGGUACAACAGCCCAUUAUCCCUGGAAUUGGCAACUCGACGUUGGCGGCACCACCACCUGCGUAUGAAGAGUCGCAGUCACAAAUUGGAUCGAUUUCGCCAGUUCAGUCACUACCACAGCCGAUAUACGCGACAUUGACAGAUCUGAGUCGGUUGGAACGAGAUCCAGCACCAGCCCAGUGCCCAUCAUGCGGAAAGAGGAUGGUUACCAACAUAAGACACACAGUUGGAACGACUACCCAUCUAUGGGCAGGAGUAGCUCUGGCAGUGGCCUGUGUACCCUGUAUACCGUACUGUCUCGAUUCCACAAAGGACGUCAAGCAUAGCUGCACGCAAUGCGGAACGCUUCUCGCGACAUGGAGAAGAAAUGGAAGGACUAUUUCACUGCCUCCCGAAGUAUCGAUGUACAAGCCAGGGCUGUGUGUGGAUGCACUCGAGUGA